UCUUCGAAGCCUUCCCGCUUGCCGUGGGUUGGUGGCCCCCCGACCAAGGGACCGCCGCAGCCCGUCCUGAGGGGGAGAGCCGCCUCUCCGGGCCGGAGAGCCGCGCCAUGGACGACGUGCGGGUGCAGUGGGUGGGCGAGCGGCUGCGGAAGGCGCUGGGCGUCCAAGACGGGGCUCCCUUCGAGGAGCUGCUCAACCGCUGCGACGGCGAGGAGGCCGAGCGGCUCCUCCAUUUCCUCAACCUGGGCUCGGCCAGCCAGGAAGGGGAGCCCGCCGCCCUUUUCUUCCGCCAGGAGAUACGCCUCGAUGAAGUCGACGUCGAAAUCGAAGUCCCGUUUGAAGAAGGUUUUGAUGAAGAAGACAGUCGUUCCGAGAGGCUAGGUGGGGCCUCUUCCAUGUCAGUGGUAGAAGGAAGGAGAGAAUUGAAAAGCAAAAGCUCCCUGUCUGAAGGCAAGGAAAAGCCUGCUGCGCCUGCCCUUUCCUCCACGGUCUCCCUUGGGACUGGGAUGGCCGACAUAGAGCGCGAGCUAGGAAUGGAAGACUCAAGAACUCGGACGUACAAAAAAAUUGUAAAGAAAGAGGUUUAUAACUUGUAUUAUCACAUGGCUGUGAAUGACAUCCCAGAAGACUUUGUGGAGAGCGACGUGGUGUUUUUUCUUCGAAACACUGCAGAAACUGUUAGUGAACCCAAUGAUUUGAUGGAAGCAAAUGAUGUCCUGCCGGAAGUGCUGGAAUAUGGAAUACUAAAUAGUCAUACCUUAGUGAUGCUGAAGCAGAUCUUUGGACAGGUCUUCCUGCCUGCAAUGUGCCAUAACCAGUAUGAUGUGGACAUAGCUGUUCCUCGGCCGGAAGGUGAAAUAGCGGAAGGCGAAGAUUCAUCAUCAGCAGUUAGGACAAUGACGAAGCCAGUUGCGCUAGACAGCUUUCAGAUGCUGAGGAAUGAAUUCUUAAUGAAUAUGCAGAAAUUCCUAAACCAUAUUCAGAGGACCAUACAGCAGAUUGAAGGGGAGAUUAAGCUCCAGAUGCCCACCUUGUGUUUAGAUGGGGAUGUGAACGAUCUCGCAAAUGAUCGCGAUGUCGUUGAAACGCUGGAAGGGCUGGCCACCAACUGGCUCGUGUUGAUAUCUUCUGCUGAUGAAGAGCUCCAGAGAAAAGUCCCCCAGGGGAACGGCCCGCUUGCUGAGAUUGAUCUGUGGCGGGAGAGGAACGCGACUCUGAGUGCCCUCACAGAGCAGGUCAAGCUGCCGCUGGUCAAAAGAGUUUUGGAAAUCCUGGACAUCGCCAACACGGGGAUUGUGGAAAGCUUGCAGGUGGUCGUAGCUGAGCUUUGUAAGCACCACGUGGAGGCGGUGGACAACGUGCGGUUCCUCUCCACCCUUGAGCGACACUUGAAGAACUUAACUCAUGGCACCGGGUUCAAUGUGGUCUUGGAUACGAUUCCCUCCCUGAUGAAUGCCUUGAGGAUGGUGUGGAUCAUUUCGCGGCAUUAUAACAAGGACGAAAGGAUGAUCCCCCUCAUGGAGCGGAUCGCCUGGGAAAUCUCCGCCAGGGUCUGCAAAGUGGUGGACCUGCGCACUUUGUUCAAGGAAGACAGGCAGCUUGCGAAAACCAAGAUGAUCGAAGCCAAACGGACUCUUGAAAUCUGGAAGGAGUCUUAUUUUGACAUCCGCGCCAAAAUCGAGGCUUCUGGAAGAGAUGCGCGGUGGGAAUUUGACCGGAAGCGUUUGUUUGAAAAAACAGAUUACAUGGCUAUCAUCUGUCAGGACCUUUAUAAUGUACUGCAGGUGAUAGAGGAGUUCUACAACAUUUUCGGUCCCGAACUGAAAGCGGUCACGGGAGAUCCGAAGCGCAUCGAUGAAGUCCUGCGAAGAGUUGACGGCCUCGUGAGCCCCAUGGAGGUUCUGUCCUUUGAGCCUUUCAACAUCCGGUGUGCCACGCAGUGGAAGCUGGUGAUGGAGGAUUUUAAGCUGGAGGUUGUGGAUAUAGAAAAAGAAGCCAAGAGCUUCAUUGAUGAGUCUUUUAAGUCUCUUCGCUCGGCAGAAGCUGCUUUUGACAUGCUCUUAAAGUUCAAGCACAUCCGCUCCCGAGAGGCCAUCAAUAAGCAGAUGAUGAUGAAAUUCAAUGACAUUCUGACACAGUAUUGCAAAGAGCUUGAUAUCAUUAACAACAUCUUUGUUAGUAACCUGGCCAACCCACCUUUGUGCAAGAAUCAUCCUCCAAUGGCAGGAGCCAUUUACUGGGCACGAUCCCUUUUCUACCGCAUCAAGCACACGAUCGUUCGGUUUCAAGAAGUGGAAGAACUGCUGGCCAGUGAGCGUGGAAAAGAGGUGAAACAAAAAUACCUUGAAGUGGCAAAGAGGAUGAAAGAGUAUGAGGAUAUGAAAUACGACCAGUGGAGAGAAAACACAGAAGACAGGCUUCCUGUCUUACUGAAAAAAACUCUCCUUGCCAAAGUUCAUCCCUCUGGAGCUAUUAUUCAGGCUAACUUGGAGACCACAGAGCAGAACCCGCGUUCCGAAGAGGUGGACGCCGGAGAGAAAAGCACGCAAUUCACGGUCAACUUUUCUCCCAAACUUCGAGAGAUCAUCAAUGAAACAAAAUACAUGGAGCACCUGGGGUUUCCUGUGCCUGAAAUAGGGAGGAAUGUGGCUCUACAGGAGGACAAAUUGCUCAGAUACACGGAUGGCAUAAAACAGAUGUUGGACCAUUAUCACAAGUUGAUAGGGACUCUGAACGAGGCCGAGGCGCAGCUCCUGGAUGAGCACGUGCAGGACCUUUGGCGCGUUUUCCGGUCUGGUUACAAAAGACUCAACUGGAACUCUUUAGGUAUUGGUGAUUACAUCAUGCGAUGCACCCAGUCCAUUGGGAAGUUUGAAUCACUUGUUCAUCAGAUUCACAAAAAUGCCGAGGACAUAUCCAAUAAACUUUUAUUAAUAGAAUCAGCCAAUCUUUUCAAAAGCCCCCCUACCAAGGGAGAAGAUAAUCUUCCUGGAGUGAAAGAAUACUUUGAGUAUGUGAAGCACGAAAGAAUGAAGGAUGUGGAACACAUGGUCCGCAAAUACAUUUCCAUUGGCCCUCUGCUGACCAAAAUGGAGGGGCUCGUUGUGAACACAAAUACUGGCAGGGCCCCAAGACUGGUUCAUUAUUACGCGUUUUGGGAAAAGAAGGUUUACCAGAGCUUAACAAACCUGAUAUUAAAAAAUCUGCAGUCGUUCAAUGCAGCAGUCCUGGGAAACACUCCGCUGUUCCAAGCCGAAACGAUUUUAUCUGCUCCGGAAAUCAUUCUCCAGCCAAAUACCGGAGAAAUCGAGAAAAUGUGCAUGCACUCCAUUCGGGAUUGUGUGGAAGUGACCAAGCUUUUUGUUCGCUGGAUGCACGGCACCUGCAUCGAUUGCCCCCCGCAGCAGACGGGCGACGAUGAGCCCGUCAUUUUCAGCUUUUUCAGCGACAUCUCCCAGAACCCUUUGAUCAUAGAACAGGCCAUCCUGGUCACCCAGAACAUGCACAAGCUCUUGGGCUCCCUCGCCAAGUACUUGAACCGCUGGAAGAGGUAUCGCCCCCUCUGGAAGCUCGACAAGGCCAUCGUCAUGGAGAAGUUUGCCGCCAAGAAGCCCCCGUGCGUCGUCUUUGACGAGAAGCUGCAGUUCUACACCAAGGUGGCCCAGGAGGUGAUGCAGCAGCCGAUGAGUAAAGACGAGCAGUGCCUCCGUUUGCUGCUGGCCCCCUUGGCGUUCACAGUGCAAGAGAACGCCAAAGGGUGGGUGCAUUCCCUCGGGAGGCUGCUCAACGAGUCGGCCAAAGAGGCCCUUUACAGCCUCCAAGAAGCCAUUGAGAGAUUGUCGCACAACCUCAAGACGGCUCCCAACACCUUGGAAGAUCUGAAAUUUGUCCUGGGCACCAUUGCUGAGAUCAGAUGCAUGUCUUUAGAAGUGGAGCUGAAAUAUUCGGAUAUUCAAGAGAGAUAUCGUACACUGGAAAUGUAUAACAUUCCUAUCACAGAAGAGGAACAGCAGCUGGUCGAUAAGAUAAGGCUCCUCUGGGAGACCCUUUUCUCUGAGGCGUCUGCCGUCGAUCACAGCCUCGGAAGUAUCAAAAAGACAUUUACUGAGAUCACAAGGGAACAAAUCGCGAACUUCAGCAAGGAAAUUGAUGAUUUUUACCGUCGAUUUGUGAGCGAAGGCCCUGGUUCUGUGGGCGAGAAUCUCGACAGAGGUUUGGAGCUCAUGGUGGUUUUUGAAAAAGAGCUGGAGAAACAUGAGAAAAACAGGCAGGAGCUGGCCAACGCCGAGAAGCUGUUCGACCUUCCCAUCACCAUGUAUCCUGAUCUGAUCAAAAUACAGAAGGAGAUGAAAGGCCUGAGGCAGAUCUAUGAAAUCUACAAGUUGCAGCAAGCUGCCAAAGAGGAAUGGUCUCAGACUUUGUGGGUGAACCUCAACGUGCAGGUGCUGCAGGAGGGAAUCGACGGGUACCUGAAAACCCUCCGCAAGCUACCCAAACAUGUCCGGAGCAUGCCCGUCGCCUACCACCUAGAAAUGAAAAUGAAGGCUUUCAAGGACUCCAUUCCUUUGCUGCUCGAUUUGAAGAACGAAGCGUUGAGAGAAAGGCACUGGAAAGAGUUGAUGUCUCGGACAGGCACCAGUUUCGAUAUGGCCACGGAAACGUUCACGUUGGAGAACAUGUUCGCCAUGGAGCUGCACAAGUACAGUGACGUCAUCAACGAGAUCGUGGGCUCGGCUGUCAAAGAGCUCAGCAUUGAGAAGGGCGUGAAGGAGAUUGUGGAAACCUGGGAGAAUAUGAAGUUCACCGUACAGAGGUAUUUUAAGGGCACUCAGGAACGAGGCUUCGUUUUGGGGGCCGUCGAUGACAUCGUCCAGAUCCUGGACGACAACGCCGUCAAUCUCCAAAGCAUCUCUGGCAGCCGAUUUGUGGGGCCGUUCCUGGCGACGGUUCACAACUGGGAAAAAACUCUCUCUUUGAUUGGCGAAGUGAUUGAGGUUUGGAUGAUAGUCCAGAGGAAGUGGAUGUAUCUUGAAAGCAUCUUUAUCAGCGGAGACAUAAGAUCUCAGCUACCCGACGAAGCAAAAAAAUUCGACAACAUUGACAGGAUAUUUAAAAGGAUCAUGGCGGAGACGGUCAAGGAGCCAAUAAUAAAGAAGUGCUGUGAAGCCCCCAAUCGUCUUUCCGACCUGCAAAAUAUAAGCGACGGGCUGGAGAAGUGCCAGAAAAGCUUGAACGAUUACUUGGAUUCCAAGAGAAAUGCUUUUCCCAGAUUCUUCUUCAUCUCGGACGAUGAGCUGCUGAGCAUUCUGGGCAGCAGCGACCCGCUCUGUGUUCAGGAACACAUGAUCAAGAUGUAUGACAAUGUAGCCGCCCUGAGAUUUCAAGAAGACGACAGUGGUCUGAAGAUAGCCACCGCUAUGAUUUCCGCUGAAGGGGAAGUGAUGGAGUUCCGGAAAGCCGUCCCAGCUGAAGGCAGGGUGGAGAACUGGAUGACGGCGGUGCUUGUUGAAAUGAGGAGGACCAACCGGUUGAUUACCAAAGAAGCCAUCUUCCGGUACUGUGAAGACAGAAGCAGGGUUGACUGGAUGUUGAUGUACCAAGGCAUGAUGGUGCUGGCGGCCAACCAAGUCUGGUGGACCUGGGAGGUGGAGGAUGUGUUUCGAAAAGUGAAGAAGGGCGAAAAGCAGGCAAUGAAGAACUAUGCCAAGAAGAUGCACCAGCAGAUCGACCAGCUCGUCACGCGAAUCACCAAGCCGCUCAGCAAAAACGACCGGAAGAAAUACAAUACUGUGCUCAUCAUUGAUGUCCACGCCAGGGAUAUCGUUGAUACGUUUGUGAGAGACAGCAUCAUGGACGCUCGUGAAUUUGAAUGGGAAAGCCAGUUGCGGUUUUAUUGGGAUCGAGAACCGGAUGAUCUCAACGUCCGUCAGUGCACGGGGACCUUUUCUUACGGCUACGAAUACAUGGGUUUAAAUGGACGGCUGGUCAUCACGCCACUCACAGACCGGAUUUAUCUAACCCUCACACAGGCCUUGUCCAUGUAUUUGGGAGGAGCUCCUGCAGGCCCGGCAGGAACGGGGAAGACCGAGACCACCAAAGAUCUGGCUAAAGCCCUGGGUUUGCUCUGCGUCGUCACUAAUUGCGGGGAAGGCAUGGACUUCAAGGCAGUAGGUAAAAUCUUCUCUGGCCUUGCCCAGUGUGGGGCAUGGGGCUGCUUUGACGAGUUUAAUCGCAUCGACGCCUCUGUGCUUUCGGUCAUCUCCUCGCAGAUUCAGAUGAUCCGAAAUGCUCUGAUGAACCAGCUGAAGACCUUUCAGUUUGAAGGACAAGAAAUUACCCUUGAUCCCCGAAUGGGCAUUUUUAUCACCAUGAAUCCAGGCUAUGCCGGUCGCACCGAACUUCCUGAAUCCGUCAAGGCUUUAUUCAGGCCGGUAGUUGUCAUUGUGCCUGACCUCCAGCAAAUCUGUGAAAUCAUGCUGUUCUCCGAAGGGUUUCUUAUGGCAAAGACCCUGGCAAAGAAGAUGACCGUCUUGUACAAACUGGCCAGGGAGCAGCUUUCGAAGCAGCACCACUACGAUUUUGGGCUCCGGGCCCUGAAGUCGGUGCUGGUGAUGGCCGGAGAGCUGAAGAGAGGCUCCCCAGAUCUCAACGAGGACGUGGUCCUGAUGAGAGCUCUUCGAGACAUGAACCUCCCAAAAUUCGUUUUUGAGGACGUUCCUCUUUUCCUCGGCCUGAUCUCCGACCUGUUUCCUGGACUGGAUUGCCCUCGGGUGCGCUACCCUAAAUUCAACGAUGCUGUUGAGCACGUGCUGGCAGAAGGAGGCUACGUGGUUCUGCCCAUCCAGGUGGAUAAAGUGGUCCAGAUGUACGAAACGAUGUUGACUCGCCAUACGACCAUGAUUGUCGGCCCAACUGGCGGUGGGAAGUCCGUGGUCAUCAACACCUUGUGCCAGGCCCAGACCAAGCUGGGAUUGCUGACCAAGCUUUACACGCUGAACCCCAAAGCCAUGAGCGUCAUUGAGCUGUACGGCAUCCUUGACCCCACCACCCGAGACUGGACGGACGGCGUCUUGUCCAACAUCUUCCGGGAAAUCAACAAGCCCACCGACAAAAAAGAGAGAAGAUACAUCUUAUUUGAUGGAGAUGUGGAUGCUCUCUGGGUAGAAAACAUGAAUUCUGUGAUGGAUGAUAACAAGCUGUUGACCUUGGCAAACGGGGAGCGAAUCAGGCUUCAGACACACUGUGCCCUCUUAUUUGAGGUGGGAGAUUUGCAGUAUGCCUCACCCGCUACGGUGUCCCGCUGCGGGAUGGUCUUUGUGGACCCAAAGAAUCUGAAGUACCGACCUUAUUGGGAGAAAUGGUCAAACCAAAGGAGUAAGCAAGAACAACAGCUGCUGAACAGGCUGUUUGAUAAGUACGUCCCCUAUCUGAUCGAAAUGAUCGUGGAAGGAAUUGUCGAUGGGCGGCAGGGGGAGAAACUGAAGACCAUCGUCCCACAGACAGACCUAAAUAUGGUGACCCAGCUGAGUAAGAUGCUGGAUGCUCUCCUGGAGGUGGAGACCGAUGACCCUGACGUGCUGGAGUGCUACUUCCUGGAAGCUUUAUAUUCUUCCUUAGGAGCUUGCCUUCUCGACGCCGGGAGAUCAAAAUUCGACGACUUCAUCAAACGCCUCUCCUCUAUGUCGACCGUUAAUGAUGAAAUGACGCUUGCGAAACCAGGAGAGCUUCCGGGCCAGCUUCCAACUUUAUUUGACUUCCACUUCGAGGGGCAGAUGAAAAAGUGGGUGCCUUGGAGUAAAUUGGUGCCUGAAUACGUUCAUUCCCCCGAAGUGAGAUUUAUUGACAUUCUGGUUCCCACGGUGGACACAACCCGCACCACCUGGCUGCUGGAGAAGAUGGUCAAGAUCAAACAUCCGGUUGUGCUCGUUGGCGAAUCGGGGACCUCCAAGACGGCCACCACGCAAAAUUUUCUCAGAAAACUGAACCCAGACACAAACGUGCUGCUGAUCAUUAAUUUCUCCUCUCGCACCACUUCUAUGGAUAUUCAAAGGAACUUAGAAGCAAAUGUGGAGAAACGGACCAAAGAGACCUACGGGCCCCCUAUGGGAAAGCGCCUGCUUGUCUUCAUGGAUGAUAUGAACAUGCCCAGGGUGGACGAAUAUGGGACUCAGCAGCCGAUCGCGUUGCUCAAGCUGCUCUUAGAGAAAGGUGCGCUGUACGAUCGGGGCAAGGAGAUGAACUGCAAAUACCUCCGAGACCUCGGCUUCGUGGCGGCCAUGGGCAAGGCCGGAGGCGGACGGAAUGAAGUCGACCCUCGCUACAUCUCCCUCUUCAGUGUGUUCAACGUUCCUUUUCCUUCCGAGGUGUCCUUGCACUUGAUUUACGCUUCCAUCUUGAAAGGGCACACGUCGACUUUCCAAGAAGCCAUUGUGGUCAUGGUGGACAAGAUGACCACCUGUACUCUAGCCCUCUAUCAGAUGAUCGUCCGGGACUUACCUCCAACACCUUCCAAAUUCCAUUACAUUUUCAACCUGCGGGACUUGUCCAGGGUUUACAAUGGAUUAGUUCAGACAACCCCAGAACGGUUCCAAACCGUCACGCAGAUGGUGAGGGUCUGGAGGAACGAGUGCCUGCGAGUUUUUCACGACAGACUGAUCAACGAAGUAGACAAAGCUCUGGUCCAAGGUCAUAUACAGGCCUUAAUAGAAGACAAUUUCAAGGACGACGUGGAGUACGUCAUGCGGGACCCGAUUCUCUUUGGUGACUUCAGGAUGGCCCUGAACGAAAGCGAACCUCGCGUUUACGAAGACAUCCAGGACUACGAUGCGGCCAAAGCUCUCUUUCAGGAAAUUCUCGAAGAGUACAAUGAGCUGAACACUAAAAUGAACUUGGUGUUGUUUGAUGAUGCUUUAGAGCAUUUAACCCGGGUGCAUCGCAUCAUAAGGAUGGAUCGGGGUCACGCUCUGCUCGUUGGAGUUGGCGGCUCUGGGAAGCAGUCCCUGGCGAGAUUGGCAGCCUACACAGCUGGAUGUGAGAUCUUUGAAAUAGUUCUGAGCCGAGGAUACGGAGAGAACAAUUUCCGGGAAGACCUCAAGACUUUAUAUACCAAGCUUGGGAUUGAGAACAAAGUCAUGAUCUUCCUGUUCACUGAUGCUCACGUGGCAGAAGAAGGGUUCCUGGAACUCAUCAACAACAUGCUGACAUCAGGAAUCGUUCCAGCCCUUUUCGCAGAUGACGAGAGAGACAAUAUUUUAAGUCAGAUCACAAACGAAGCCAUGAAACUCGGAAUUGCGCCGGCCAAAGAAAGCCUCUGGCAGUACUUUGUGAACAAGAGCGCCAACAACCUCCACAUCGUCCUCGGGAUGUCCCCGGUUGGGGAGACGCUGAGGACACGCUGUCGGAAUUUUCCAGGUCUGGUCAACAACACUGGAAUUGAUUGGUUCCUGCCUUGGCCACCCCAGGCCUUGUAUGCAGUGGCCAAGUUCUUUUUAGGGAACAACCCGCUGAUUCCAUCAGAAAACACAGAGGCUGUCAUCGAACACAUUGUCACGGUCCAUGACUCUGUGGGAAUCUACAGCAAAAAAUUUCUCCAGAAGCUCAGACGGAGCAACUACGUCACGCCGAAGAACUUUCUCGAUUUCAUUAACACCUAUUCCAAGCUGUUGGAUGAGAAGAAUCAGUUCAUUUUGGCCCAGUGCAAACGCUUGGAGGGAGGGCUGGACAAGCUGAAAGAAGCCACCAUUCAGCUCGAUGAGCUCAACCUGAAGCUUGCUGAGCAAAGGGUCGUGUUGGCGGAGAAAUCAGCCGCGUGUGAAGCUUUGCUUCAGGAGAUUGCAACAAACACAGCCAUCGCGGAGGAGAAGAAGAAACUGGCGGAAGAAAAAGCCAAUGAAAUAGAAGAGCAGAACAAAAUCAUUGCCGUGGAGAAGAGGGACGCGGAGACGGCCCUGGCGGAGGCCAUGCCCAUUCUGGAGGCAGCCAAACUGGAGCUUCAGAAGUUGGACAAGUCCGACGUCACCGAGAUCAGAUCCUUCGCUAAGCCCCCGAAGCAGGUCCAGACGGUCUGCGAGUGCAUCCUUAUCAUGAGAGGCUACAAAGAACUAAACUGGAAGACAGCCAAAGGGAUGAUGUCAGAAGCCAACUUCCUGCGUUCCCUCAUGGAAAUCGAUUUUGAUAGCAUUACCCAGGCCCAAGUGAAAUCCGUCCGAGGACUGCUCAAGAACCUGAACACCACCUUUGAAGAGAUGGAGGUUGUCAGCAGAGCAGGCCUGGGGAUGCUGAAAUUUGUGGAUGCCGUCAUGAGCUACUGUGAUGUGGCGAAGGAAGUCAAGCCGAAGAGGGAGAAGGUGGCCCGGCUGGAGCGGAAUUUUUUCCUGAGCAAGCGGGAGCUGGAGAAGAUCCAGAACGAGCUGACCACCAUCCAGAACGAGCUGAAAGCGCUGGGAGACAAGUACGAGGCGGCCAUCCGGGAGAAGCAGCAGCUCCAGGAAGAAGCGGAGAUUAUGGAGCGACGGCUGAUCGCCGCCGACAAACUCAUCUCGGGCUUGGGAUCAGAAAAUAUUAGGUGGCUGAACGACCUGGAGGAGCUGAAGCGGCGUCAAGUGAAGCUGCUCGGAGACUGUCUGCUCUGUGCGGCCUUCCUGAGCUACGAAGGGGCCUUCACCUGGGAGUUCCGGGACGAAAUGAUCAAGGAAGCCUGGCAAGAAGAUAUCCGGUCCCGGGAGAUUCCUCUCAGCCAGCCUUUCCGACUGGAAAAUCUGCUGACCGAUGACGUUGAGAUUAGUCGGUGGGGGUCUCAGGGCCUGCCUCCGGACGAGCUCUCCGUUCAGAACGGCAUCCUCACGACCCGAGCGAGCCGCUUCCCCUUGUGCAUCGAUCCCCAGCAGCAAGCCUUAAACUGGAUAAAGAGGAAAGAAGAAAAAAAUAACCUCAGGAUGGCUUCCUUCAAUGAUCCUGAUUUCCUCAAGCAGCUGGAAAUGGCGAUAAAAUACGGGAACCCUUUCUUGUUCCACGAUGUUGAUGAAUACAUUGACCCUGUGAUUGAUAACGUCUUGGAAAAGAACGUCAAGAUCGCCCAGGGUCGCGCUUUCAUCAUUCUCGGUGACAAAGAAGUGGACUACGAUGCCAAUUUCAGGCUGUACCUGAACACCAAGCUGGCGAAUCCGAAAUAUUCGCCGUCCGUAUUUGGCAAAGCCAUGGUCAUCAACUACACAGUUACCCUGAAGGGCUUGGAAGACCAGCUGCUCAGCGUUAUCGUCGGAUUCGAAAGACGCGAACUGGAAGAGCAGAGGGAACAUCUCAUCCAGGAGACAAGCGAGAACAAAAAUCUCCUGAAAGACCUGGAGGAUUCCCUGCUCCGUGAGCUGGCCACGUCCACCGGGAACAUGCUGGACAACGUAGACCUGGUCCAUACCCUGGAGGAGACGAAGUCCAAAGCGAAUGAGGUCUCAGAGAAACUCAAACUAGCCGAGAAAACAGCCAUAGACAUUGACAAGCUGCGAGACGGCUACCGUCCGGCGGCCAGGAGGGGCGCCAUUUUGUUCUUCGUGCUGUCAGAGAUGGCCCUCGUCAACUCCAUGUACCAGUACUCAUUGGCUGCGUUCUUGGACGUCUUUGGUCUCUCUCUUCGGAAAUCGAUGCCCGACACCAUUCUUGCGAAACGGCUGAGAAACAUCAUGGACACGCUGACGUUCAACGUUUAUAAUUACGGCUGCACAGGCUUGUUUGAGAAGCACAAGUUACUCUUCUCCUUUAACAUGACAAUCAAGAUUGAACAGGCCGAUCGUAAAGUCCCUCAGGAUGAACUGGAUUUCUUUUUAAAAGGCAACAUUUCAUUGGAGAAGAGCCCCCGAAAGAAGCCGUGUUCUUGGCUUCCGGAUCAAGGCUGGGAAGAUGUGAUCCGCAUUGCUGAACUUUUUCUGGAGCAGUUUGGAUCUCUUCCAGAUGACGUGGAGAAUCAACCAGAGGAGUGGAAAGAGUGGUAUGAUAUUGAUGCUCCGGAACAAGUCCCGUUUCCCAUGCACUACAAGGGCAGCCUCACCAACUUCCAGAAGCUUCUGCUUUUACGUUGCUUCCGAGUAGACCGGGUCUAUCGUGCGGUGACUGACUACGUUACUCUCACAAUGGGCGUGAAAUACGUCCAGCCUCCUGUGAUCAGCUUCGAAGCUAUUUUUGAGCAAAGCACUCCCCACUCGCCCAUCGUUUUCAUUCUGAGUCCUGGCUCCGACCCUGCCAGCGACCUCAUGAAGCUGGCUGACCGAACGGGCUUCGGAGGGAAUCGGCUGAAAUUCCUAGCCAUGGGACAAGGGCAAGAGAAGGUUGCUCUGCAGCUGCUAGACAACGCCGUGGCCCGUGGGCAGUGGCUAAUGUUACAGAAUUGUCACCUCUUGGUGAAAUGGCUGAUUGAUCUGGAAAAGGCCCUGGAGAGGAUCGUGAAGCCCCACCCGGAUUUCCGCUUGUGGUUGACCACAGACCCGACAAAGGGAUUCCCCAUUGGGAUACUCCAGAAAUCUCUAAAGGUCGUCACUGAGCCUCCCAACGGGCUGAAACUGAACAUGAGAGCCACUUACUUCAAAAUCUCGCACGAAGCGCUGGACCAGUGCCCUCACCCAGCUUUCAAGUCCUUGGUCUAUGUUUUAGCGUUUUUCCACGCUGUGGUUCAGGAGAGAAGGAAGUUUGGGAAGAUUGGCUGGAACGUGCCUUAUGACUUCAACGAAUCUGACUUCCAGGUUUGCAUGGAGAUCCUGAAUACCUACCUGACCAAAGCGUUCGAACAAAAUGACGACAGAAUCCCGUGGGGGAGCCUCAAGUAUCUCAUUGGUGAGGUGAUGUACGGCGGGCGAGCCAUCGACAGCUUUGAUCGGCGCAUCCUGACCAUCUACAUGGAUGAGUAUCUGGGGGAUUUUAUAUUUGACACCUUUCAGCCCUUCCAUUUUUACCACAAUGACGACGUUGAUUACAGAAUCCCUGAAGGGGAGUCCAAGGAUGAUUUUGUGGAAGAGAUAGAGUCCCUUCCGCUGGCUAACACGCCAGAGGUCUUUGGCCUUCAUCCGAAUGCUGAAAUCGGGUAUUACACACAGGCAGCAAGGGACAUGUGGUCGCAUCUUUUGGAGCUGCAGCCUCAAACAGGUGAAACUGGUACCGGGAUAAGUCGAGAUGAGUACAUCGGCCAGGUUGCCAAGGACAUAGAAAACAAGAUGCCCAAGACCUUUGAUAUUGAUCAGAUCAGAAAGGGCUUUGGGCUUGAAAUUUCACCCACCACCGUAGUACUUUUGCAGGAACUAGAACGCUUCAACAAACUCAUGAUCCGUAUGAUUAAGUCCUUGGCGGAACUGCAAAGAGCCCUGGCUGGAGAGGUUGGGAUGAGCAACGAGCUGGACGAGGUGGCUCGGGCCCUCUUCAACGGGCAGAUCCCGAACAUCUGGAGGAAGCUGGCCCCUGACACACUGAAAACCCUUGGCAAUUGGAUGAUUUAUUUUAAGAACAGGUUUCUCCAGUACACCUCAUGGGUGGAGGAGGGUGAGCCGAGCGUCAUGUGGUUGUCCGGGCUUCACAUCCCCGAGUCCUACCUGACGGCCCUUGUCCAAGCCACCUGCCGGAAGAACGGCUGGCCUCUGGAUCGCUCCACCUUGUAUACCCAAGUGACCAAAUACAGGACGGCCGACGAGAUCACGGAGCGCCCCGGCCAAGGAUGCUUCGUUUCUGGCCUCUACCUGGAAGGAGCGGACUGGGAUCUGGAAAGCAGCUGCCUCAUCAAGAGCAAGCCCAAAGUGCUGGUGGUCGACUUACCGAUUCUGAAGAUCAUCCCCAUCGAGGCUCACCGUCUCAAGCUUCAGAAUACCUUCCGGACCCCAGUGUACACGACGUCCAUGCGAAGGAACGCCAUGGGGGUCGGCUUGGUCUUUGAAGCUGACCUUUUUAGCACAAGGCAUAUUUCCCACUGGGUCUUGCAAGGGGUUUGCCUCACCCUGAAUGCCGAUUAAUUGCGACGUCGUCGUUCUGCUUCUCCCUUGUCCCGUUGACGAGAGAAGAUGCCGAAAAGCGGAACAGGGCCUUUCCCUCUGUACGCGUCUUACUCUUGCCCUGCGUCUUCCUUGCGUCCAGCUCUUGACGCUACCUCCUGCAGGUUUUUCUGAAACUUCCAUUUCACUAGCAUUUGUCAGAUGUUUGCGUUUAUUGAAGUAGUUGUCAUUUGUUUAAAUAUAAAUGUUUUUAAAGUGUCUGUUGA